UAUACAAAACCGAGGUGUAUCGGUAAGCGGUCACUAUUCACGAUUGUGUUCUCUAAAGUGUCACCAUAGCGUUCACCAUUUGCAAGUUGUGUGCCCAUGUCGCAGCGGUCUCGGAGCAGGGAGGUGUGGGAGGUGCGUGCUUCAGCGUUGGCGCGCAACACCCAUAACACGAUCAGGGAGAUCGUCGAGAACUUGCAGGUGGAACCCCACCCUAAUAAGCAGCUUAUUGCUCUUUCCAUUGGUGACCCGACUACAUUUGGAAACCUUAAUCCACCAGACCAAGUCCUACAGGCAGUGCGGGACAGUAUAGAAUUGCAUAGUUCUAGAAGUUACGGGCCAGGUAAAGGACAUCAAGAUGUCAGGGAAGCGGUGGCCGAGUACUGCGCUCACCAGGGACCGAUCACGGCCGAUGACGUCAUCCUCUGCAGCGGCUGCUCACACGCCAUCGAAAUGGCCGUUACCGUCCUGGCUGAUGCCGGCCAGAACAUUUUGGUGCCGCGACCGGGGUUCCUGAUAUACAGAACCUUAUCCGAAGGCUUAGGAAUUGAAAUAAAAUAUUACAAUUUGUUGCCUGAUCAACAAUGGAAAGUAGAUCUUGAUGAUCUUGAGGGUCAAAUAGAUGACAAUACUGCGGCAAUAGUUAUUAUAAAUCCGUCGAAUCCCUGCGGUUCCGUGUACAGUAAAGAGCACUUGACUGAAAUAUUAGAUAUCGCGUCCAGAAAUCAUGUUCCCAUAAUAGCAGAUGAGAUAUACGAGCAUAUGGUGUUUUCUGGUAAUCAGUAUCAUGCUCUCUCCUCACUUUCAAUUGAUGUUCCUGUGCUGUCUUGUGGCGGACUGACUAAGCGGUUUUUAGUGCCUGGUUGGAGAAUGGGCUGGGUGAUCAUACAUGAUCGUCAGAACAUAUUUGGAAAAGAAGUUCGAAGAGGUUUGAAUAAUAUGACAACAAGGAUACUUGGCCCGAACACGCUAAUUCAGCGUGCGUUACCCGCUAUACUGCAGCUCACGCCGCAGAGCUUUUUCGACGAAGUUUUAAUGUUUCUAGAGGGCCAAGCUAAGCUGGCUUACGAAGCACUGCGCCGAGCCCCCGGACUGCGGCCCGUGAUGCCUCAGGGAGCCAUGUAUAUGAUGAUUCAAAUAAAGAUGUCUCUAUUUCCGCAAUUUGAAAAUGAGCUUCAAUUUGUCGAGAGGCUAGUGUCAGAACAAUCGGUUUUUUGUCUGCCUGGAAAGUGUUUCGAGUACCCGAACUACAUGCGAAUUGUGCUGACAGUACCGGAAGGUAUCAUGCGAGAAGCAUGCGAUCGCAUAACCGUGUUCUGCAGGGACCACGUUGCCUCCAGGGAUAAUCUACUCAUAAAAGACGUAGAUACCAAUUCCGUGUCGGUGGAGCCUGUCAGCGAAGUCAUCUGAAGACACAACCCAAUAAGUCGAAGUCUAGUCAAUAGGCCCACUUUGUCAUUCAUUUUAAGACGUAACACGAGGGGUCAAUUUCUCCAUACAAAUGCUCUCGACUAUUUAAAGAUUUUAUCGUAAUAUCUUUCAAUUCAUAUUAUUAAAUUAAAACGGGACUUAAUCGCGUAAAACUUACG